UGAUGAUUGCUUGAAGACAAUGAAGAGUCUGGGCGUCUCUACCAUCUAAACACGACUGCUUGUUUUUCUAUGCUUCAUUGCCCAUCUUGUUAUAUUGGUCGCAGUUAUUAUUGCUUGAGUUUCUCUUAUAUUAAUUUGGGUUUUAAUCAUUGCCUUGGUUUUUCAAUCAGCCAUGGGAGGCAUAGUGGGAAAGAAUAAAUCACCGAGGAACGUAUGGAUUCCAGAGACAAAGCUUGAGGCCAAAAUGGUUGAAGCUCUGCAGAGAAGCUCUGCUGAGGGAACCGCCAUGAAAUCAUUCAACAGCAUUAUUUUGAAAUUCCCAAAAAUUGAUGAGAGCUUUAGAAAGUGUAAAGCUAUUUUUGAGCAAUUUGAUGAGGACUCCAAUGGAGCAAUUGACCAGGAGGAGCUGAGAAAAUGUUUCCGAAAGCUGGAAGUUUCUUUUGAGGAUGAAGAAAUCAAUGAUCUAUUUGAGGCAUGUGAUAUAAAUGAGGAUAUGGGAAUGAAGUUCAAUGAGUUCAUUGUACUUCUUUGCCUCGACUAUCUUCUAAAGGAUGAUCGAACUGAUCUUCAUGCUAAAUUGCGGAUGGGAAUGCCAGAUUUGGAAGCCACAUCCGAAACGUUGGUUAAUGCAUUUGUGUUCUUGGACAAGAACAGUGAUGGCUAUGUCAGCAAGAGCGAGAUGGUUCAAGCCAUCAAUGAAACAACUUCUGGGGAACGAUCUUCAGGUCGAAUAGCCAUGAAAAGAUUUGAAGAGAUGGACUGGGACAAAAAUGGAAUGGUGAACUUCAAGGAGUUUUUGUUUGCAUUCACUCGAUGGGUCGGAAUCGACGAAAAUGAAGACGAUGAAGAAGAGAAGAUUUGAUCAGUCAAAUGUUACACAAUAUGCGCUCAUUUGGCCACCUCUACUUGUGACAUACAUGAACAUCCAAGGCUGACAGAACAGCCAAGGAGGGUCGUACUUGCUUUUUGUUGUUAAAGUCUCUAUGUUUGUGUAAACAUGUAGAAUAACUCCAUCACUCCUUCCUUGAUGUUGUGAUGUAAAUAGACCUGUAAUAAAGUACACGGCAUGGCUAUAGUCAGCAU